AAUCCCGCCAUUCUGAAUCUGUAGCGUUUCGGGAAAGUUAGCAAACAUGAGGCUGGUGAUACUUGACAAUUAUGAUUCAGCAAGUGAAUGGGCGGCAAAGUAUAUUCGCAACAGAAUCAUUGAUUUCAACCCCGGGCCUAACAAAUAUUUUGUGUUGGGUCUGCCUACUGGAGGAACACCGAAAAGCACAUACAAAAAAUUGAUUGAAUUUCAUAAGAAAGGAGAACUUUCCUUCAAAUAUGUCAAAACCUUUAACAUGGACGAGUACGUGGCAAUGCCGCGCGAUCACCCGGAAAGCUAUCAUUCUUUCAUGUGGGAUAAUCUUUUCAAGCAUAUUGAUAUCGAUCCGGUCAAUGCUAAUCUUCUGGACGGCAAUGCAAAAGAUUUAGUGGCAGAAUGUGAGGCAUAUGAGCAAAAGAUCACCGAGGCAGGAGGAAUACACCUUUUUAUUGGAGGAAUAGGCGAAGACGGACAUAUUGCAUUCAACGAACCUGGCUCAAGCUUGGUAUCAAAAACUCGAGUAAAAACGUUGGCACAAGAUACAAUAAUGGCAAACGCACGGUUUUUCGACGGUGAUCUACAACAAGUACCAAAGCAAGCUUUAACUGUUGGUGUUGGUACAGUGAUGGCAGCAAAGGAAGUCCUUAUUAUGAUUACUGGAGCUCGAAAGGCAUAUGCUCUACAUAAGGCAAUAGAGGAUGGAGUCAACCACAUGUGGACAGUCUCAGCUUUUCAGCAGCACCCCAAAACAAUUUUUGUUUGCGACGAAGACGCUACGCUGGAAUUAAAAGUUAGAACAGUCAAAUAUUUCAAAGGUCUUAUGGAAAUUCACAACAAGCUGAUUGAAUGAGAAUUUUUUGCAAACCUAAGCUAUUGAACAACAUCGUUUUAUUUACCAUCUCCAUUCACAAUUCCGUUGUGAAAAUAUAACCCAUACGUUUAAUGAUUAACUGGUUGUAACGAAUACGAUUGUUUAUUGUGUCACACAAUGUAAUUUUGUAUUUAACUUGCAGUAUACAAUAUAUUAUAACCUGUAGCAGUA